CACAUCGUGCGUUAGUACAAACAUAUUCUGAGAGCGUGUACCAAAAUUUGGUCACGCAGUUGAGACAAGAAGGAGGUCAGCUUCGAGAGCUGUACAAACGUCAAGUCUUAAAGUUAGAAUCUAGCUUAGAUACCAGAAUCAGGCAAGUCUUAGCAGAAGCUGUGCUAGCUUCUACCCUUUUGUUGAAUCCAAUCGAUAAACUGAAAGUCACUCAGACAGGGAAUGUUUCUCUCCCCAAAUUGAAACCGCUGCCUCUCCCACUUUUGAAGGGGAAGUGCAGGAAUAUAAUUCUUACAGAGAAUUGUUCACGAUCCACAUGGAUUGAAGGGCAGAUUUGGACGACGUGUCAAAAUUUACUUACUUGUUAGGGACUCUGGGCAGGGAUCAGCUUAGGAUCGUUAAAUCCCUAAGUGUAACCGCCGCGAAUUACCAGGUAGCGCUAGAUCUCUUGGAUAAGCAAUAUGGUAAUGUACACCAAACGCUCGUGAUCUUGCAUCAAAAACUUGCCAACAUACUCGUACCCUUGUUGAACCCUGUAGAGCUGAAGAAGUUCAGGUUUGAGUUAACAGUGAUCAUUGAGCAAAUAUAGAGGCUCUGUACUAAUGAUAUAGGCCAUGGCAUGGACAUGAGCCUUAUCAAUCAGAAGUUGUCAGAAGGUAAGCUCUAUUGAAAGGUGGUCGAACACCUCAGAAAAUACGACUAUAAUUUAGAAGAAUUUUUUGAAGCUAUAGACUUCAUAAUUCGCAUGUUGGAAGAUGACGCAUUACAGCGAGGCGAGAAAUUAGAAUCUGAUAAGAAAAACUAUGUCAGCGUUAGACCCAAAAUGAAACCCAUGCAGAAUAAUUUUUGUCCCUUUUGCAAUGAACAGCACACGAGCCGAGUAAGUGACGUGGCUGCCAGACGCCGCAUUCUACUAAGGAAGGGUCAGUGUUUUAAUUGCCUUCAGUCAGGUCACCGUAGUGAUAGAUGCCCUAAACCCAAUUCAUGUAAAAGUUGUGGAAAUAAUCAUAAUACUUCCAUUUGUGAAAAUAGCAGCUUCAGAUGGGCACAUUCAGUUCCCUCCACUUCGUCCCAAAAUAAUCCCAGUUUAGUAAGUAACAGUCAAGCUACAACCUCCCGCCCUGUAGUAAAUGCGAUGCCCAGGCAGCACGAUAGAAACACCCUUCCACCCAUAGAAAAAGUAGAAUCACAACCGUGUAAGAGUGCUAAAGUAGCCCAAACGUCCAGUGUAGAUCUUCCCUGUACGAUUUUGCCAACGGCCAUGGCCGAGAUCCAUCACAAGUAGGGGAGUAAACGGGUUCGCUUGUUUUUGGACACUGGGAGUCAACGAAGCUUUAUCUCUACUAAAACUGCAAAGGAGUUAGGCCUGCCAGUGGUAGGCAAAGUGUCAUCAAACAUUGCUCCCUUUGGUUCAGCAGAAAUCAGUGGCCAGUAUGACGUUGUGAGUUGCCGGGUAGAGAUGGGUAAUAAAAUUGUUCGAAUGAAACUAGUUGUUCACGAGAACGUAGACGUCCUGAUUCAUAACGCAGGUUAUGUAAGAGUAAGACAACACCUAGUAGGGAAGGGAGUCACGUUAGCAGAUCCUUACAGUAAGAGCGAUAAGUUACGAAACGUGCACAUUCUUGUGGGUGCAGACUAUUUUAAUUAUUUCAUUAUUGGAGUAGAAAAGAUCGACGGGAUAAGUCUUUUUCUGACCCAUAAUGGCAUGUCGCCAUAUGGGAGAGUGCCACAGUGGCUAUUAGAAGGUCACAAGAUAGAUCAUGUGAGGACGCUCAGGGUAUGUAGGGUCGCGAGCGAACCAAUUGCAUUUGAUGUUGAUGAAUGGUGGUGUUUGGAUACCGUAGGCAUCGCCCCAUCCGAGCAGUACACUGUCCGUGAAGCGGAAGCCAUGCGAAAGGUUUUGCAGAGUGUAACGAAGAAGCCUGAGGGAUACCAGGUUAGUUUGCCGUUCCGUUCAGAAGGUAGGCCAGAAACAAACUUUAGAAAUGCUGUAGCACAGCUGGAUUCACUGCAAACCAAAUUUCAGAAAGACAAGAAAUACUAUAAUCAAUAUCAGGGAGUGAUCGACAAAUACCUGGAGGCAAGAUUUAUAUAUGAAGUAAAAGAUCCAAAAAUAGAAGGAUACUACAUGCCGCAUUUCGGCAUUAAUAAAGAUAGCAGCACGACCCCUCUUAGAAUCGUAUUCAAUGCCUCAUCUAAAGCUAAGAAUAAUAAAUCCUUAAAUGAAUGCCUGUUACCUGGGCCUAAUUUAGUAGAGUUGGCCUAUAAUUUGCUUCUAAAGUUUCGAAUGAAUAAAUACGCCAUGCUUGCAGACAUAAGCAAAGCAUUUCGUAGAGUACUGUUAGAUCCCCGUGAUGCCAAAUAUACAAGAUUCCUGUGGCGAGAGGUAGCAGGUCGAGCGCUGACCUUCGCUUUCAGAGUCGUGGUGUUCAGCAUCACGGCUAGUCCCGUUUUGUUACAACAAGUAUUGAGUCAUCAUUUUAGUUUAGAAGGAAGACCUGAAGUAGGCAAGUAAUUUUACGUUGAUAACUAUGUUAGUACCUUUCAAAGUCUGGAUGAGAUGAAAAAAGAACAAGAAUCUGUCCAUGCAAUUUUGGAUGGGGCCAGAAUGGCGUUGGAAGGGUGGGCAACGAACAGUAUAGCCUUCAAUAGCGAGAGAGUGGAAAGAACCUGUGAAUGUGAGCGUGCUCGGGCUGAGAUGGGCUCGAGACGUCGACCGUCUGUGUGUGAAAGAGAGUGAGAGGAUUCGUGAAAUGGGGGAGGGAUGGGUACCUACGAAAUGUAGGGUACUAUCUUUGGUAGUGUCAAUUUACGAUCCGCUAGGUCUAGUCAGUCCUUUAUUUGUUAGGGGAAAGCUGUUUCUCCAACAACUUUGGGAACAAGAGAUUGGAUGGGAUGACGUGUUAUGUAAGGAAAAGGCUAAAGAAGCGCAAGAACUGUUAGCAGAGUUGAAAUCAGUCAGUGAUUUAACAUUUCCUAGAGCGGCAGGAGUCAGAAGAUCCGAACUCCAUAUAUUCACCGAUGCCAGUAGUAGGGCAUACGGUGCUGUAGCGUAUGUCAGAGAUAAAGAAAGUAACGUAAAAUUACUCACCAGCAAAAUGAGAAUCACUCCAAAAGGGAUGCUCAAAAUCACCAUCCCUAAAUUAGAACUUUUAGCUUUGCUGCUAAGUUGUAGGCUAGCAAAAACGAUUAAAGGUCUAAUAGAGCCACAAGAGAUUAGUAUCUGGUCAGAUAGCAAAGUUGCAUUAGCCUGGGUGGCAUCCCCGGAUGCCAAAAACAACAAAAAUAUCUUUAUAUCUAACCGUGUGGCGGAAGUUGUUUUUCUCUGCCAGAUUUGUGAUUUCAGAUUGAAGUAUGUGCCCAGCAAACAGAAUCCUGUGAUGUCUUGUCUAGGGGCGCAACAAUCCAGCAAUUGCAGCAGAACCCUCUUUGGCGCCAGGGUCCAGAGUUCUUGGGAAUCCCAGAAAUGCUGGACGCCAGGCCUGAGGUCUAUUGCUAAGCAAGUUGUACGGAAGUGUCCAGAAUGCGUGCUAGCCUUCCAACCUCCGAUGAGACAACCACCACCAACCCCCCCUACCGAAGGAAAGGAUCACCUUGCAGAAACCAUUUGCCGCAGUCGGUGUGGACCACACCGCGGCCAUACAAACAGAAAUGCGACCAGGCUAUAUCCUCAUCAUGACUUGCAUGGCCACCAGGGCCGUGUAUUUAGAUUUCUGCCCCUCCUUGGAUGCUGAGGAAUUUGUUCUAGCUCUUCGAAGAUUCAGUGCUACGCAUGGAGCCCCGACCUUAAUCACUUCUGAUAAUCACCAAACGUUCAAGACGGCCAGCAACCUCCUUCAGGGACUUUAUGAAGAGGAUGAAGUCCAACAGUUCCUGAGGAGGACUGGCGUAGAAUGGCAAUUUCAAACCCCACGUGCGCCGUGGAAAGGCGGUUUUUUCGAACGUCUGAUUGGUGUUACGAAGCGUGCCCUUCAGAUUGCCCUCGGGAGAAAGAAUCUGCCGGAGGCCCUCGUAUUAACUCUAGUGAAAGAGGCGGAGGCGGUAGUUAAUAAUAGGCCGUUGAUGUAUAGUGGUGACAAGUGCGAGGACGAGGUCCUCACCCCCUCUCAUUUAGUGCGAGGUCACUUAAUUAACUUAAUGGCACCUGUUUUGCCAGAUGAAGACCUUAAUGCUACCUUCACCUCCUGGAGGCUACGGGAUCGAUAUCUUAAACUAACAGACACUUUGAAAGCCUUCUGGGAGAGGUGGAGGAAGGAGUACCUAAGUGCCCUAAGAGCCUGACACGAUUGUCAGUCUGGGGAACCCACCAAGCUGCACCCCGGAGACAUCGUGUUAGUAAAGCAAGAAAAUCAAAAGCGGGCAACGUGGCCCCUUGAACGCAUCGUGGAGACGUACCCGGACGACGACGGUGUCGUGCAUUCGGCCAAGGUAUUGUUCGAAGAUGUUGAGUCCCUGCGUGCUGUCAGCCACUUGGUCCCCCUGGAACUUGCCUCCUCAGAUGACGAUGAUGGCAUUGGAGACGAACGGCGUGACGAUGUUGAUGGUGUGACGGAGGAGAUGGUGCGAGACGACGACGGCAACGAAGAGGUCCGAGACGAGGGAGCGUACAGCCCAGCAGUAGGUGUUCCAGGAAAUGUUGUGACGUCUGGGGACGACCAAGGGAUGGCACUGGCUGCAACAUCUGAACAACCAGCCACAAAGGUCUUGAGUGACGUAGAAGACACUGACGAUAUUGGUUACGAUUCGAGCGAUACCAAUGCGGUAAGUGAGAGUGCUGAAGUGAAUGAUACUGAGGUAUCGAGUGGUAGUGAUGCUGACGUUCAGUUAGGCGGACAAAGACGUUCUGCACGCCCUUUGAGAAAGGCUGCUGCUAAGCAGCGCGAGUUAAUGAAGCGCUUAAUGGAAAGCGACUAUAUCUAAGUUAUAGCUAGAAACAGUGAAAGAAAAUGGGAAGGUCCCUUAUUCUGGUAGGCAGGGAGGGUGGACCCAAGUAAGUGUAAGUGUAGGUGAGUUGAAUCCUCAGAGGAUGGAAGUGCGUUGGGUUAGCGUAAGGUGGUGGGAGCCCCCUCUUGUGCAAACAAGUCGAGCGUUGUGCGGAGAUAGCCCCCACCCUCAAGGUAAAUUACCAAAAUGUAUAUGAGUAAUGAGUACUUCUUAUAGAGAAGUGAAAGAGUUUUGAGGGCAUGUGUCCCGUGAAAGAGUACAUACUGAAUCGGUUGUAAUCUAUGUUUCCUUAAAGGCGAAUGGCCUGUCGAUCUGAUUAUGCUUGUUGAUUAUUGAAGGCGAGUAGCCUAGAAUAACAAGCGUGUUGCAUGAAGAAUGUUGAAGGCAGAGUGCCUUAUGAGUGUUCCUAUUAACAUAUUGCUUUAUAGAAGCGUUAGUUGAAGGUGAAGAGCCUAAUAUAGAAGUUUCUCUUGCAUGUUGUAUUGCAUUUUGAGGCGAGUGCCUAAAGUCUAUGCUUGUUGCAUACAAAGUUGUACAUACAUGACUGUUUCCAUUUUCAUGCCAUUGAUUGAGUAAAGGCAGAUUGCCUUAUGAGAGUGUAUAUUCAUGUUUCCUUGAUUGUGAUUUUCCAUUUAUGCUUUUGAUCUUAUUGCAGGCCCAUUGCCUAUUGAGUUUCUAUGCUGAUUCAUGUCUACCUUGUGUGUAUGGGUACAUUUGUAUAUAUAUAUGUCUGCCAUUGAUAUUUUAUUUGUAUAUGUGUGACAUUGAUUACCCCGGGUGUAAUAUUGAUGUAUUCUUUUUUGCCAUGUCAUGUUUUUUGUGUCCUCUGUUAGAGUUGCUGUGGAGCGCUACGCAGCGAGCCUGACUGAGUAGUGUAGGAGUGGUUACUCCCCCCCCGAGCUCAGUCUUUCCUGAAUUGUCCAGCAUUUCAACGCCCCAUACUUUGGGUGUGGAGUAUGUCAUGAAUUUCGAACUGAUCAUUCGAAAUCCCCGCCAUUUAACUUCACAAGUGUUGCGUUAAAUUGGGGCAAGACUGAGGGAUCUCGUGGGCAGAAAGCUGUCCAAUACACGACAGAGUUAAGACGUAAUUCUUAAAUGCCUGGCGGUGAAGGAGCGCGUCUUAUAGUAAUGAAGACGCAACGAAUUUUCAUUAAUGAAUAUGAUUUGCUAUUCCCUAGUAUGAGCUAAAUUGUCAAUGUAGAGAUUUGGAGCCAAGGACUCCAUAGCCAUUCAAGAAUUUGCAGAUUACGGCCUUCAGCCAGAACUUUGAGUCAAUUCAUUGAACCCAGAUGAUAAAUGUUAUUUUUCCCAUUCAUAAGUAAAGUAGAUUAAUUGAUCUCCGUAAUGUCUAAAUAAGCGAUGAUUCCUGCCUGAAUUCUGAAUUACAAGGAUUCUGUAGUUUAUGCGGGAAAGCGUAAGUUUCCUUUGAAGUAGGGCGAAGCGACGCCUCAUUCCUGCCCUAGUCCUGAACGUCGUAAGUACCGUGAUAUUUGUGUGUCUCUCGAUUCUCCAACUCCCAGCCAUCGCCAUGCUAGGUCGAAUUCCGUCGUAACUGUAAGUUAUCUUUAUCCACAUAUAGAUGUGUCAUCCCUGCAAUGAGGGACUUGAUUUGUGCAGCAAACGAAAGCUGCAAGUGUAAGAAUGUCAUUUAUUUGUGAUUUAGAGUAAAUGGGUCUCGUAUUAUUGUGUAUUUUCGUUCAGUCGUGGACUUAGUGCUUUUCAAGCACAUGAUGUCAAAGACCCUAAGGGCUAUAACAAACUCAUGAGAGCUUUCAGGUUCCUUGAAUUAAAUUAAUGAGAGUAGUAAGAAACUGCGUGUGCAGUGGAAUUUUGCUAGUAACGUCAAUUUCAGUGUUGGUUCUUAAUGCACAUUGGCUUAGCCGCCCGUGAUGCUCUUUCAUUCAUGUUCAGUGUAUUGUUAAUGUGUUUAAAUGUUUAUUUUUUGU